CGAAACGGAGCCGGAGUCGGAGCCGGAGAAAGAGGCGUGCGAGCCCGCCGGAUCAAUAUGACCGAUCGUCGGAUGCACGUGAACGGUCUCGUUUCGGGCGAAUGACGUAACGGCAGUGGCGUUAUAACCAGUCAUAACCCAGCGAAAAAUGGCCGGCGCCGUGUGGGCCGAGGACGAGAUCGGGCGAAAGUGGGACCGCUGCUUCACGGACGCGAUCCUCAAGCUGGGUGGCGGCGUGGUCCUUGGCGGAGUGUUUUCUCUAUUUUUCUUCAAAAGAAGGAAGUGGCCCAUUAUAACCGGUGCUGGUUUCGGAUUAGGUAUGGCAUAUUCCAAUUGCGAGGCAGACCUCAAUGCAUCGAUACGUCAGCAGACGCCCAGAAGUAAACUUGAGGAAAAGAAAUAAUUAGAGCAAAUUGUAAAAGCGAAAUUGAAGUUAUUAUUAAGAUUAAAAUUUUAAUAAACUGAGUAUCUUUACCACAAUAA